ACAUGGCGCUUCCGGUGUACAUGGCUCUCUGCCCGAAAACGUGAGAUUUUCAGACCUGGGUUGUCAUCGCCAGCUUCUUAUUUUCGCUCAGAUAUUGAUAUUGCUGUAUUGUAAUAGGUGGAAAGUUCGGGUCACUAUAUAUUUAUAUAUUAUUUGGUAAUUAUUUUGGUUUCAUCAGCAGCAGUUAGUGGUUGGAGCUCGCAUAGCUCUAACCUUGAAGCGACGGACUUCAACGUAAUUCAGUUUACGUUCACCUGCCAAAACAGAAUAUGUCCAUUAUCUGUCGCGGUUGCAACUCUGCAUCACUCACGAUACUGACAGGAGCCAGACUACAACAGAGCCCAUGGCUUAUCUCGCUUCGCAGCAAGUUUACCAGAUCACGAAUCCCAAAGGAGCAUUUUGAAAAGAGGUCUAAACAACAUGACAAGUACGGUGGGGACCCAGACCAGCCUCAUAAAUUGCAUAUAGUUACACGGGUUAAAAGCGCAAUCCGAAGACCAUAUUGGGAGAAAGAGAUGGUGAAGAACCUUGGACUUGAGAAGGCACAUGUCCCUGUAAUUCACAAAAACACCCAAUCAGUCAAUAGCCUUCUGAAAAUUGUCAAGCAUCUUAUAAGGGUCCAGCCACUCAAGACCCCCUAUGGGAUCCCUGCUGAGGAGGACUUGGCUAACUCCUAUAUCAACAGCAAAGGAGAGCUGAUUGUUUGUCGCCUGCUCAAGCCCAAAGCCAUCGAGUCCUAGCUCCACUCUGGGAAUUUUUGUCGAGAGUUGCUUCAGUUUCCAUGUGGGAAAACGCUGCGGUCUGAUGAAGCCAGACUCCAGUGACCUUCUGUCAGGUGUCUUGGGAAUUGUACACGUUAUCUCUGAAGAUAUUUCAAUAUGUAUUGAGUCUUUUGGUGCACUAAAACAUGCAAAGACAUUUUUGUCUCUCAUUCUUACUAAAUAUUAAUUAACAAAAUAAAUCAACACGUUUCUUAAUUCGGGUAACCUCUGCAGGAAACUGGAAUAUAAAACAAGUCAGCAACCAGCGAUGGAUCAGUUUCUUUAUUAAGCAUCAUGAACUAUAAAAACUCUAAAAUAUGAAUGAAAAGAUGUUUCAACUGGAAUGCAGCUUAUCCUUGGCACUUGGUUAUUUUUGUCAUGAAUGGAAGUACUUAGUCAACAUUGUUAAUAAUUGCAAUUAACAGGCCAUUCAAAAUUUAAGAGCUCAUACAGCCUCAAGUCAAAAUAUUACUGAUGUCUGCACCAAUAAAAGUAGUCUUGAUACAAAA